ACUAAACAAAAAAAUAUAAACCAUUCUCUCUACUCAACAGCUUGCAUUAGAUCAAUUACUAUAUUAUGGCCGAUUAUCGAUUCAAGACAGUAGUAUUCCUACUAGUACAACUUCUGUCCGUUGAAGUUAUGACGGGUCAAAAUUCUUACGACCUAAUGGCAUAUGUUCUUCAAUGGAAAAGCACUUUCUGCAAAUUCAAUAAUAAUCGUCCUUGUAAACCAGGUCGUGGUGAUAUCUUCUCCAUUCAUGGAUUAUGGCCUGCCAAUGCAAUCGGACACAGCAUGAAGUGUCUUCAGCCUCAAGGGGGAGGAAAGGACGUAGAUGGUGUGAUGCAAAAAGACCCGAAGUUGGAAACAGCUCUGAAAGCUAUUUGGCCUGAUUUGUUAGCAGCUGGCAACGACCGACGCUUCUGGAAGCAUGAGUGGACGACACAUGGUUUUUGUUCGCAUCAGGCUCUCCCAAUUGCGGAUUACUUUAAUGGAGCAGUAAGGGUGCAUAACAAAUUGAUUGCAAUAAAUAACAAGAAUAAUCUACGUGAUUACUUAGCUGAGGGAGGAGUUAGGCCAUCAACAGCUAAUAACUAUACCAAGCAAGCUAUCAUCACAGCUGUUCAGCGUCUGGUUGGAGCAAAUAAUAAUGUCUAUGUCGCAUGCAUAAAAGAUCCUCAUACCGAUGACAUUUAUCUCAAAGAGAUCCACUUAUGCUUGGACACUACCCUGCACAACUUCGUUUCUUGCCCUACUACAAAUCCAGAUCAAAGACAAUGCGGGAAACACACCUCCAAAAUUAGAAUCCCUGUCUAGUUUUUAAGGUAGUUGGAUGUUUUAAAAAUCAUCACUUAAGCGGAUCGAUGGCUUCUCAUAUAUCUAUAUUGAAUAAAAACAUGCAUCCUUGAUUAUCAAAAAGCUAUACUCAAAACUGAAUGGAUUUUUACCAAGUUUCUUAGGCUCAA